AUGAGGUGCUUACCAAUGGACUAUUUGAAAUGCCCAGCAAAUUCGCCUCCUACACAUAGAGCUGACGGAACUUCAGACUGUGACGAGGUGACGAAGAAAUGCCCAGAAGGGUCAUCUUGUCAGCGAGGAUUUGUUGUGGGCAUCUGUUGUGACAACAAAAAUCUUGAAAAAUACUAUGCGAAUGUGAAACCAGAUUGCGGUCAUAAAAAGGUGGUCAAGGAUAAAUCGAUAGAGUUUCCCGUGAGUUUCCUCCCUGAUAAGUCAACGCAGAAAAGUGUA